AACCGCUGGUUCUCUCAUAGUCGUGCUUCCGCCUUGAACCUUCCGCCUCUCACCGCUGGUGAUAGCUCCCCAACCCCUCCCCUUGUCCCACCAGACCCUCCUGACCCUUUAGCUCCUUUGGCCAUCUCCCAUUUUCCUCCUCUCCCUUCACCUGUUAACCAGAAAGCUUUCUCUAACCCACAAACUACUCCUAUUAAGGCGCCAGUGGGUACGGUUGUUGCUCAGAUCUCUCCUCCAACUGAAACUACUGAUGUCGAGAUAGCACAGUCGAAAACUGUCUCUCAAGAGGCUACAGAUUCUAGCUCCUCGAAAACUAGAUCUGAAACUACAGCUUCAGAAAAGUUUACUAUUCUGAAACCGAGAUCUACUUCUCCUAUUGAGACCAACAAAGCUCUUAACACCCUUUCCCCUUGUCCAGCUACUGUCCAUGUGAGUCAACCUACUAAGUUACCUCUGAAACAUCAGCCUUCAACUCCGAUACAUCAAGCUGCGGAUCGUGUUACUCUUUCAAUUAACCAAACUGCCAAUGCUCCCUCUUUGGCUGAAAGAAUAAGGGCUUUUGAAGAUAAAUCUUUGCAACGGCUAGCUCCCAUUACUUACUCGGCAACUGGCAGGCCUAGUGUGCUCAUCCUAGACGAGGUCUUCCAGCAAGUGUGCUACUUUAAUGGCAGAGCUCCUUCCUACAGUAAAAUUCAAAGUGUCCUCAACCACAUGUGGGGGAAAGGAAAUAAACUGGAGAUCCAUAACAAUCCUUUAAAUAGGUCUUUGCUUGUAAGAAUUCCGAGUGAAUACCUGAGGACGAAGAUUCUGGAAAAAGGCCUUUGGUAUAUUGGUGAGUCAAUGUUCCAUGUGGCUCAGUGGACAUCCUCUCAUUCGUAUUUGGCUCCUUCUCUCGAGUCAAUCAAAAUCUGGGCUCAUCUUACGGGGGUCCCCCUAGACCUACGUCAUCAAAAGGGUCUCAGUCUAGUGGCGGGAUUGGUUGGUGAACCAGUGGAAACAGAUGAUUUUACUAAGAAUCUUGUAAGUCUAACUCUUUCUCAUGUGAAAGUGGAAGUAAACCUUACCAAAGAGCUCCCUCGUGUUGUGGAAUUUGUUAGGCAGAAUGGUGAAGUUGCUGAAGUUCUUGUGGAUUACCCCUGGCUCCCUCCCUCUUGCUCUCACUGCAAAGAAUUAGGCCACGUUAUGCGUAACUGCUUACAAAUUCCUCCACCUCAGAAGAUUACGCCUAAUACUCCCAACCAGAAGGUGACUACGUCUAAAACAAAGAGUCCGGUGAUUAAGGAUCAAACAAAGUCAAAAGCUAUUGGAAGCAAAGCUUUUAAACUGUCCCUUGGUCAAAAAGAAAAUCAAAAUAAAGUUGAGGAUACCUUCAAUGUGGCUUCUUCCGCUUCAAAGGAUCUUGCUACGGUGGUUAUUCCUUCUGAGGUUGUUCCCACUUUUGUCUCUGGUUUAGCUGUUGCUCUGUCUACCUCGCCUAUUUUGUCCCUUUCAAACUCGAGUGCCCCUUUCACAUUUAGCUCCUCUGGAGAUCCCCCUUGUACCCCCAAAAAGCGUCUCCCUGCUUUCAUAACUCCUUCUGGAGAGCCUUACCCUUAUAGUCCUCCUGAAAAGAACAAACCCACAUCUUUAGAACGUUCUCGAUCAAACCCCUUGUUUCAAAACCUCACUACAAACUGCUUGGACUCAAUACUCUCCCUCUUCAGGAGAGUCUCCUACUUCAUCCUAAUGUGUACAAAGCUAUUUUUUUGGAAUGUUCGUGGUCUUAAUGAUCCGAGCAAGCAUCAGCCUUUUAGUAAUUGGCUUAAUAUUCAUCAGCCUAUUUUUGGUUCUAUUAUCGAGUCGCAUAUAAAAGAUCUUAACAUGCACCAGCUCAUGUCUAACUUUUGUCCGGGUUGGAACUUCUCCUCUAAUCACCGCUCUGAUGAUGAUGGCAGAAUUAUUCUUAUCUGGAGAGCUCCAGCUACUGUCCGAAUCCUGCACCAAUCAAGACAAUUCAUUACUUGUGAAGUCAGCUUAUUAAAUUCUACCCAGUUUAUCUACACCUCUGUGUAUGCGUCCAAUUUAAGCUCAGAGAGAACUGACCUUUGGGUGGAACUCCUUAGUCUCCAGCAGUCUCACUCGCUGUAUAAUGGUCUGUGGAUGAUAGGUGGUGACUUCAAUCAAAUCUUGCAUCACGUUGAGCACUCAAACCCGGCUGUAAACACGCUCACCUCUACCAUGACUGAAUUAAAAGACUGCCUUUCUCAGUUGGGUUUGUUUGAUCUUCGCUUCCAAGGUCCUCUCUUCACUUGGUCAAAUUGCCAGCCUGCGUCUCCUGUUGCAAAAAAACUAGACCGUCUACUUGUCAAUAGCCAUAUAAUCAACUUAUUCCCAAACAGUGUAACCUCUUUUUUACCUCUCCUAACCCAUGACCACAGUCCGUGCAUCAUUGAUCUUUCUCACCAAUUACCCUCUACCGGAACCCGACCCUUUAAGUUCUUUAACUACUUGACAAAACACCCGAGCUUUCAUAGCGUGUUACUUGAGGCUUGGAUUCAGGCCAGAAGCUUUGGUUCCAAUCUCACAUAUCUGUGCUGGAAACAAAAGACCAUAAAGAGAGCUCUUAAAGAGAUAAACCGUGAGAACUUUUCCCAAAUACAAAGGAGAGUAAGUGAGGCUAACCGUUUGCUACAAGCUGUGCAACACUUCAAAUCCAUCCUGGGGCCAGACGUUCUUCCUCCCCUUGCCAUCCUAUCCCCGGUUGAAUGGUUUCAGUCACUCUCUUCGUUUAGUUGCUCAUUGAAGUCCUGCUUCUUUGCGUCUGGCCUUUCCGAGCUAGAGACUGACCUCAUCUCCUUCUCAACUGGAAUGCCUCAAGGUUUCCUCCCAGUGCGCUAUUUAGGUGCCCCUUUGUGCACAAAGAAGCUCAGUAUCAGUAACUGUGAGAUGCUAAUCCACCAAGUUAAAUCUCGGGUUACCUCUUGGAGUGUGAAGUCCCUUUCGUUUGCAGGGCGACUACUUCUGAUCAAAACGGUGAUUGCUGGAAUAUCCAACUUUUGGUGCUCCUCUUUCAUCCUCCCUAAGGCGUGCAUUAACCGCAUCAACUCGCUAUGUAGCAUAUUCCUGUGGAAAGGCAACACUGAGGGUCAUCACUCAGCUAGGGUCUCUUGGGAGACAGUAACAAAAUCAAAGAGUCAAGGAGGUUUGGGAGUUCGGGAAUUUACAACUUGGAAUAGGGCUUGCUGUCUCAAGCUUAUUUGGUUGCUCUUCUUCCAAGCGGGCUCAGUAUGGGUGGCGUGGUACAGGAGCGAGGUGCUGAAGGGUUCUCUCAACAACUUUUGGACUGUGAAACCACACAAGGACCGGUCGUGGCUGGCUAAUAAGCUUCUCAAAAUUAGAAAUGAUGUUUAUCCUUGGAUUAAACUAAGAGUUGCGAGCGGUCGGACUUGCAGAUUCUGGUCUGAUAACUGGUCUCCUUUUGGCAACCUGGAAGAGUACCUUCAGGGCAAUCGUAACUUCAGAAUUGGCUUAGCUCGCUCCGUCGUGCUCUCUAAUUUACAUUGCCAGGGCACUUGGUCUUUGCCCCCUGCUCGUUCAGAGCAACAAGUUAAUUUGCUAGCUUUUCUCUCCACAUUAACCUUAACUGAGGAAGAAGAUUACUAUGAAUGGGAGAUUGAUGAGUUAGUAACCUCCAAAUAUAGCACAAGUCAAGUUUACAGGAAACUCAGAGGGGACUCAGAUAUUGUACCUUGGGAUAAGGUGAUCUGGAAUGUGGGAGGCAUCCCGAAACAUAACUUCUUGGCUUGGCUGUUUGUCAAAGAUCGCUGCCCCACAAAGGAUCGAAUUAUUGGAUGGGGUCUUUCAACGAAUCCUAUAGUGAAAGUAGAGAUCACCUCUUGUUUGAUUGUGAUUUCAGCUGGUCGAUCUGGGAGAAGGUGGCUCGGCGUUGCAAUCUUCAACCAGCCCGAGAUUGGCAUGGCUCGCUUGAGCAGAUGCAGAACCUACAAGGCGAUAAACUGCAAAGCGAUUAACCCUUCUUGGCUGGCAAGCUUCGAUUUACUGGCUAUGGUCGGAACGGAAUGGGAGACUGCAUUCUCUAAUCUUUCGAUCUUCCGAUAA